GUAGGUUCAGCCAACAUUUUUUUGCUCAGCCCAAUGCACUGUCAAUAUGCCCCCCAUAUAUCAGUCCCUGAACGACAAAGUUCUCAAUAUUUCCGUGUCGUUCAUUACGCAGAAUCAUCUAAACCUAGCAUUAGACAAAAACUGUUGUACUACCUAGUCGAUCCUCAAAGCCCCUCCCUCACCUCUGGUAGUCCCCGCGUAUUCUAGAGAGAACAGAAUCUGAACCCUCCACAAUCAUUACUUUUAUCAUCCAUGUAUGCACCUACGUAUGUUCCGAUGAACACAGCCGGGACCUUGCCGCCUGGAACCUCGCGAGUGUCGUUUUUUUUUUGAUCAAUACAUUUUCAUUUGAAUCCCACUUCCCCGCUCAGAGUCCGCACUCUACCUUACCUCCAUCUUUCUUGCGGGCGUUGCCGGGUUCCUGUAAAGAUACAAUGGUGUGAUGCAAUUCUUGAAUGAACCAGAAGACCGUCAUGACCUUUUUCGUUUUAAUUCGCCGUGUUGGGUCCAGAGAUAGCGCUGCCAGGACUUUAUCCACCGCUCCUGGACUGUAUGUUCUGCACGAUAUCUCCCAGGCCCACCUCGGAUUGUCUUGGAUGGCCAAUAGGCUCUUACAAGACGAUGGAACGUUGCUUAAGAAGUCCGGACCUUCAUUGCGUCACCUCGCCUCAGGAGCCAAAGCCCAUAACGCAGCUUGCCGAGGAGUUCCUGCUCUCUUCUAUCGCAUGUCAAAUGUAACCCGUUGGAAUCCCUCGAUCCCGACGGCACAUUGCAUCCUUCCUAGGAUACAAAUUACAGUUUUUUUUAAGGCCGUUCUGACGAAUGAGGGGAUGAGAAUGACUUGUAUCGCCUCUCGAGUCUCGCCGGCACCGGAGACAAUAACGUUACAAGAAGGUGGCGUUUCAGUCAUAAUUGAAUGGCUAACGAUGGGGUUUGCCCUGUCCCGUGUUCGGAAGAUCGCAGUCGCGGGUCAAAACAAAACAUUGCCGACUCCAUGGGGCAGUUUUGACAAAGCACUAUGGAAGUUCUUUUCACCCUGUGGCGCCGCAUUGUUAAUCAGCUGGAAGCGAAGCGUGACUCGUCCUUCCACCCGUGUAUGUAGUCCGCGGUGUGUUCGAGGAGGUUUGACGGCGGAACUUCGUGAGAUGGAUGGGCUACGCCUGGAGGACCGCCUUCCGUGGCGCGGUGAUCGACCUCUAGUACCCCGUGUGGUUCUGCGAAUCCUUCCCCGAAGAUUCCUGUGUGUCCCCAUUGUUGAUUUUCGGGGGCUCUCAUCCUUAGGCCCAGCCACGUUUCUCGUUUCAAUAAUCGAUUUUGAGUUCUCGGCCAAACAGAAGAGCGCCCAGGUAGGCCUUCUCGUCGUCAUUGCGUGCGACUUUCACUCAAGAGCGCAUGUUCUGAGACGCAAAUGGUAAAAGUGGACCAAAGGAUAGGUUCUUCACAAUUUUCGGUGCUUCUUUUUGGUCCAAUAGCGUAAUCGGCAUGGAAAUUCGAGUGAACGGAGCUGCUUUCUUUGGCUGCCCCCCAAGAAGCUGCUGCAGUUAUAUCUCCCGGAAUCACGCUCUCGGCCUCCGGAAGCUCCGAUCAACAUCUCUGAGGAGCCUGUGGCGUCUAGGCCGCAUUUACUAUUCUUUCCUUCUUGAGAGCGUUUGAUUGGUCAUUAUAUAUUGUUCGUACAUUUGUUAUUGAUAUACGCUCUGUGUGACGAGAAUAGGCACCCGUUAGAUAUGUACGAAACGAUGAAUAG